CAUCAAUGAUUUUGAUUGUCAGUCUUUAUUUCUGUUACCAGCACAUGUACUUUAUAAAACAGUAACACUGUUGAUCAGUGGAGCUGCUAUUGAUAGGGAUGAAAAUAAAGAGGGUGGUCUUUAUCCACAGUUAUAUCAGGGGCUACAAUUAUUAAUUAGUUGUUAUACUAGAAAAACAACAAACAGAGAAAACACAAGUCCCACUAGAUGCUGUACUCCUGCUUCCUCCACCUCUACAGUAUCAACUGGUAUUAGCCACUCCUUAGCCACACCUACUGCUCCACCCCCUACUCAGAGAGGCUCCGCCCAGUACAGGCAGUACAGGUGUCUAUUAGCGUCUGAGGUGGUUCAUUUAAUGUGUCUAGUACCAGCAUUCUUCCAUCAUCUGGACUCUAAUAAUGGUGUACUGGAGAUGGUAUCAGUGGCUACUAAUGACACUAACAUUGGUAGUGUCAUUAACCACAUAGCCUGGAGGAUACAGAACAAUGGAGGUGAUGUGUGGGAUCUUUAUCAUGAAAUAGCCACUUACCUGUUACAAGCUACCACCACUAAUGUAUUCUCUAAGAGACACCACAACAGGUCAUUGACUGUCCAUCAGAAACAAACCAGUCACUCAUCACCAGUCAAAUCAGCUUCUUCUCAAAUAUUCCAAGUCCCCAGGCGGUCCUCCUCCCCAGUCCCUCCCCCCAGGCGUGUCUCAUCAGCAGGUCCAUCAGUACCCACUGGGAGGAGACAAAGGACAGCACUUCAACCUGAAUUAGGUGAUAAAGUCUUAUGUGCACCUGAAAGGAUGGCUAGGAUAGUAGCUCUACCAGAGCCUCAUGUUGCUGUCCUUCAGCUCACCGAGGUUAAAGGUAUCUCAGGGGGCCCUCCUGACUCAUAUUUCUACACUGAUCCAAGGGGUCUGGUGUGGGACAGUAGAUUGGGUCACUGGUCUAAAGAUGAACUGGGGUCUGAUCUCAGUGUAGGGAGACUACACACUGAUCCCCAUGAGUGCUACAGUUCAAUGAUCAUUAGGAGCCCUAGCCCUGAGACACGUACCACUGGAUACACUAGACCUUCAUCUCAGAUCAGCUACUUAUCAGAGGAUCUACAGACCAUACCAUCAGUUGAAGAGCUAUCACUGGUAGAUGAUGAUACUGUCAUACAAGAAGAAGAAGAUGAACAAGUUGCUGUAUCUAGUGAAGUACCAAUGAAAGUUGAUAUCAGCAGAGGAGAGAGGGAGAGGAGGAGAGAGGGAGGGAGAGAGA